AUAUUUCAUCAUAUAUGAUUUUACGAGGACGAGGACGCAUAUUGUUUAAUCACGCAUCAAAAUUUGCCGAUGCAUCGAAUCGUUCACACAAUUUCGCAAGCAAAGUGAACAACUUCGUCGUCGACUCUGAUUUCGCGGCUGGUCGCGGAUUCCUUUAAAAAACAGGCGUGCUAAUCCUGUUUCACCAGUUCGAAUUCGACUUUGAUCAACGAACAAUGUAUCUGAAGAGUUGUUGCGCGUUGUUCCUGCUGGCGCUGGUCGCCUGUCAGGCUGCACCCUCAUCCCCGUUGUCCGAGGAAUUGAUCAACGAGGCAGAGGCAUUCACUAGUAGCGAUAUAAAAUUGGAAGAUACUGGUGCGGAAAAAGAUAGAGCGAAAAAAUCAUCAACGACCUUUUGUGUGGAAGUUCGUUCGGGAAAGCCAGAACAGGUGCCUUGCCCUUCCAGACAGGAGGCAAGACCACAAGCGUUGAUUCAGGAAUCUAGACCGGUGGUUGUCGUGCAACCCGUACCAGUACCAGCACCAAUGCCUGUAUCAAUUGAGAGACAGCCGAUUGUGAUCACACAGCCGCAACUUCCUCUAGUUCAGACGGUCCAGCAAUUGCAACCUCCUCAAGUAGUCCAGCAACAGCAAUCAUCGCAACAGACUCACGUCAAUGUUCCUCCGCCUAGCCAGCCUGCUCAGCCUCAGCCAGCUCCUCAAGCAGCACCAGCUCCUACUCCGAUCAUUAACAUCGUACCGCCAGCUCCUGCACCUUGUGACAGACCAACCAUUGUACAGCCACCACAGCCAUCAAUUCACACGGUUCAUGUCAUUCAUCCACAAUUACAACCUCAACCAAAGCCAGUUGUGACCAAAGAACCGAUUAAGGAACAGAAGCCAGCCAUACAUUUAGUGCAGCCACAGCGUAUAGUAAAGGAACUACCACUUCCACAACAGCACAUCACUGUUAUGCAAAAGGUUCGUCCGUCAGUUUUUCCUGUUCAAUCCCAGGCCUUGAAUGCCAUUCCGUUGCUAUUGCCGUAUGCACAACCCAACACCUGCAACCAUGAUAAAGAAAAAUUCGAAUGCAGCUGCAGACCAGAGAACCGACUCGAGAACCGUAUUCCUACGCUAACACCCUACGGUCGCGCAAUGCCUAGCGACAUGACUUUCGAAUCUCUGCCCUAUAGAUCCGCGAUGAUGUCCGAUUCUAGCAUCAUGUCAAAUGAACCCAUCUUUGUUAAUUCAGAAGGAGAAAUGGAAGGAAGGCACAGAAAAUUAAAACAGUAUUCCCCUUUGAACCUCUCGGUGCAAUUCCCAGUCAUAUAUCCUUCCACCGACAAUUCCCCUAAAUAUUAUGGACCUCAGUAUCCCUCUCCAGCAUAUACUAAUUCUUACACCUACCCAAGCACUUAUGGAAAUUAUGGAAAUUAUGGAAAUUAUGGAAAUUAUGGAACCUCUUAUCCUUAUGGAACUUCUUAUCUUAACUACGACUCUCAAGCUUCAGCAAAUAAUAUACCGGCUGUUACUGUAAAUGCGGGAGGACCAUUUUAUGGUCGCGAAUCUCUUCACACCGAUUCAUCGCGUAAAGAAGAAAUGAUACCAAGCGAAGUACUUUCAACUACUACCAAAAUGAUAGAUACCUCCAUCAAUCAAAAGCGAGAGGCUGACAUGCAGUUGAAAGAACAAGAAAUUAUACAGAAAGUGAAAGAAAGCAACAACGAAAUUUCAUAAAUCUACAUAUUAAAAGUAUGUAGUACCAAGCCGAAUAAGUUUUUGAAUUUUCAAAGACGCAAACAUGCUUAAAUAAUUUGUCAAUUUAACAUUAAGAUUUAAUCUCUCAAAACGGCUUUUAUUUUAUUUAUUUAAUUUAAUGCCGUUAAAUAAUGCAUUUAAUUAUCUAAUUUUUAAUUUUUCUACGUUUUUCUACAA